AAGAGAAGCUGAGGAGACCAAAAGUUGAGACAGAGCUGAUCAGGAGGGGAGGCAGAAGAGAAAGCCUGGCAGAGAGAAGGUUCCAGGGGCUAGUGAUCUGCCUACCAGACUGGGACAUUUGCUAGCCCUAUACUCCAGUCCUACCCCAGGCAUCCUGACCUCUACUAGCUUGGGUGCUGGGAAGCCCAGCUGGAUGCAGGCAGCCUGGCUCUUGGGGGCCCUAGUGGUCCCUCAGCUUUUGAGUUUUGGCCAUGGAGCCCGAGGUCCUGGGAGGGAGUGGGAGGGAGGCUGGGGAGGUGCCCUGGAGGAGGAGCGAGAACGGGAGUCACUGAAGUUGAAGGAUCUCCAGGAGGCCCUAGGGCUGCCCACUGGGGUGGGGAAUAAGAAUAAUCUUGCUGAAAACCCUGAAGACAAAGAGGUCUGGGAGACCACAGAGACUCAAGGGGAAGAAGAGGAAGAGGAAACCACCACAGCACCUUCUUCUAGUCCCAGCCCUUUCCCCAGUCCUUCCCCCACACCAGAGGACACUGUCACUUACAUCUUGGGGCGCUUGGCUAGCCUCGAUGCAGGCCUACACCAACUGCACAUCCGUCUGCACGUUUUGGACACCCGUGUGGUUGAGCUGACUCAGGGGCUGCGGCAACUGCGGGAUGCUGCGAGUGACACCCGUGACUCAGUGCAAGCCCUGAAGGAGGGACGGGUCCGUGCUGAGCAGGAGCACGGCCGCUUGGAGGGCUGCCUGAAGGGCCUGCGCCUGGGCCACAAGUGCUUCCUGCUCUCGCGAGACUUCGAGACCCAGGCGGCGGCGCAGGCGCGGUGCAAGGCGCGAGGUGGGAGCUUAGCGCAGCCUGCGGACCGCCAGCAAAUGGAUGCGCUCAGCCGGUACUUACGCGCUGCUCUCGCCCCCUACAACUGGCCGGUGUGGCUGGGAGUGCACGACCGGCGCUCGGAGGGGCUCUACCUUUUCGAGAACGGCCAGCGCGUGUCGUUCUUCGCCUGGCACCGCGCAUUCAGCCUGGAGUCCGGCGGCGCCCAGCCUAGUGCGGCAUCCCAUCCGCUCAGCCCGGAUCAGCCCAAUGGCGGCGUCCUGGAGAACUGUGUGGCCCAGGCCUCAGACGACGGUUCCUGGUGGGACCAUGACUGUGAGCGGCGCCUCUACUUCGUCUGCGAGUUCCCCUUCUAGAGAGCCGGUCUUUGCCCAGGAGCUCUAGGCUCACAUUUUGCGCCGUACACCGCGUACCCUACUGUUAGGGGUCUGGGGCCGCUCAGAGAUUAAGCAUGACUAGGAAUACAUUUUAAUAAGAAGCAGCUUUUUUUGUUUUAGAUAUUGGCACCCAGAUUGAUUGGGGCCAGCUCUGCCCCUGAGGUCGCUUCCAAGAUGCGAGCCCUGGCCGUUAUCGGCCCAGAGCUUAUAAAGGCAAACCCCACAAGAUUGCAUGUAGGCUGCUGACAUAAAGGCCGGAGCAUAAAUUUUAACAUGUAUGUCUUGCAGUUGACCUAGUCAUCCUUUGAGCAGAGGAAGCAAGGUUAAUUACAAAAGCAGAAAUAGCAGUUAGUCUUACAACUAAAUUUGCUAGAAGAGCACAUUUUACAAGGCCAGUCAAUUUCAGAAUAGUCUUCAAUAUGUGGGAGAGAGAGGAACUAGACUGUUAGUGUACAGCCCGCACAAGCUAGGGGCUUUCCUCUUAGAGGCAUAUUUUGCUUUGGUCUCUCAAGCAUAGUGAGUCUAAACUUUUAAAUGUAAUGUUAACCACCAUACCGACCGUGUCCAUUCACACCCUGUACCCCACACCGUGCACCCUGAACCCCACUCCGUGCACGUUACACUCUACACUCUACAUAGUGCAACACCCUGCAUCUUGGACCCUCCUUGGGCCAGAACUGCCACCAAUCCCAGCUGGUCCCUCAAGCCCAGAGGUAGCAAUAUGCAACUUCUCCAUGUCCCCACCUGUCUUUGAAACUUCAAGGUCCCAAAUACACCCAGUACCAAUAAAUCCUUUUAAAAUAUAA